AUGGCCAUGGAUUUGGACGAGCCGCUUGCCGCGGAGAAGGGCGAGGUGGCGCUGCAGCAGCUGCGGCGCGCCGACCCGUCCGUCUACCUCUCCCCGUCCGCCGACCUCGCCGCCGCCGCCCGGGCGGCUCUGAAGCACUUCCACUCCUCGCUCGCCGUCGUCUCCCCCGUGCAGCCGCCCCCGCUCCCCAACCUCCUCGCCGGCCCCAACUUCGACGCCGAGCAGAUUUGGUCCCAGAGCGAGCUGCUCUCCCGCCCCCUCCUCCCCCACCUCCACCGCCAGCUCCGCCGCCUCGAGCACCAACCGCCUGCGCAGCCGUCGGCUACUCCUCCGCCGUCCAAGACCGCUGAAGCCGAGGAGGGCCCGUCAGACGAGGAGGAGGAUGGAGAGGGUGACGAAUCGGAGGAGGAGGAGGAUGAGGGUGGCCUGGAGGACACGGAUGACGAGUUGGAAUCGGGGGAGGGGGAGGAUGAAGAAACGGAGGAGCUAGGGGCGAAGGCAGGGAACGGGGUGGAGGACAGGUUUCUGAAGAUGAAGGACCUGGAAAAGUUUAUGGAGGAGGGGGAGGAGCUGGAGUACGGUGGGGGUUCCAAGGGAGGAGAGAAGAAGAAGGCUAGUGUAAACUUGAUGGAGGACGAUAGUGAUGAGGAGGAUGUGGAUGAAGAUGACGGGGGUGAUGAUGAAGAUGAUGACGAUUUGGAUUUGGAAGAUUUUGAGUCUGAUGAUGAAGAGGGUGCGGGGAAAUCCGGCGGAGAUAUAAGGUAUGAGGAUUUUUUUGAGGAAAGCUGUAAGCAACAAGUCAAGAAGAGAAAUGGUUUCACAAAGAAAGUCCACUUCAAGGAUGAAUUGCAUGAAAUGGAAGUGGAUAACAUUGAGAAGGAUGAUGUAAAUGAUGGUCCAGCAUUAGAGGAUGAACAAGGUCUUUCAACUCAUGAAAAGGGGCUCUUGAAGAUGCGUAACCAAAUAGACAUAAUGGAGAAAGCUAGUCUUGAACCCAGUAAAUGGAUCAUGCAGGGAGAGGUUGAUGCUUCCAGGAGGCCCAAAAAUAGUGCCCUGGAAGUGGAUCUUGAUUUUGAGCAUAAUGUAAGACCUGCCCCAGUAAUCACGGAGGAAGUCACAGCUUCUCUCGAGGAGAUGAUCAAGAAAAGAAUUGCGGAGGGUCAUUUUGAUGAUGUUGAAAAGCCUUCAACCUUGCCGUAUAAAGCUCCAAAGCAGCAAAUGGAGAUGGAUGAAAACAAGAGCAAAAAGGGUCUUGCCAAACAUUAUGAGGAUGAGUUUAAGGAAAAAACUGGCAUUGCACCUGCCACACUUGCUAUUUCAGAUGAACUGAAGAAUGAGGCAAAUGAUUUAUUUAAGAGGAUAUGCUUGAAGUUGGAUGCGCUCUCUCAUUUCCACUUUGCCCCAAAGCCGGUCAUUGAGGAUAUGUCUAUACAAGUUAAUGUACCUGCUCUAGCAAUGGAAGAGGUUGCACCUGUAGCUGUUUCAGAUGCCGCAAUGCUCGCUCCCGAAGAAGUUUUUGAAGGGAAAGGGGAUAUUAAAGAAGACGCGGAGCUUACACAAGCUGAGCGCAAAAGAAGAAGAGCCAACAAGAAGAGGAGAUAUGCAGAAUCACACAAGGAGAGGCCAGCCAAGCUGCGGAAAGAGAACUCAUCAAAUAUAUAG